AAAUGGCUGCAUGGGCAGAUCACUGAAAAUUGCUCGGGAAAAGAUUACUAAGUUGUUCCUCGAUAAAUCGGACGCAAAAUGGCCAGCCAAACGCAAGGAAUUCAGCAACUGCUCGCAGCGGAGAAACGUGCCGCCGACAAGGUGGGCGAGGCGAGGAAACGAAAGCAACGCCGUUUGAAGCAGGCCAAGGAGGAGGCGCAGGAGGAAAUCGAGCGGUACCGUCAGGAACGGGAGAGGCAGUUCAAGGAGUUCGAGGCGAAGCACAUGGGAAGUCGCGAAGGAGUUGCGGCCAAGAUUGAUGCUGAUACGGUUCGGAAGAUCGAGGAGAUGAAUAGAUCGAUUUCGGUCAACAAGGCCGCGCUGUUAAGCGAAAUUCUGACCCUGGUGUACGACAUCAAACCGACGCUGCACAAGAACUAUCAGCCAACGAAGGCCAAGUAAGAAGCGAACCCGUUGCCCAGACAGUAGACAGUAGAUCUAAAUGGAGAAUCUAAAUGGACACCACGAGCAGACAAAACAGCAUAAAUCCUAGUUACAAUUGCAGCCCGAAGUCUCACACAAACGCCAUUAGCAGUAUCGUUGUUCAGAAAGCAGCAGAAAAUGCGAGAUCUAUUCGAAGGCCCACGGAUUCUGUAAAUAAUUGUUUAUCGUUACUUGUUUUUCGUCGUUUGCGCGUGUAAAGAUAUCCUCUACUCUGCACUCCAUUGUUUUCGGUUUUAUCUUUCGGUUCCAUCGUUCGGUUCUGCUCUGCCUAGCAAUCCCACAGCUACAAUCGCCGGUCGGUUGACGAAUGAGAGCGUUCCUUUUGGCGUUCUAGCGUUCUUUUCCCAGAAGAAUCGUUUCGAAAUGUGUGUAGCACAAACGGGGCAUCGGUUAAAAAUUGUAGUAAAGUAAAAACGAUCCGUUCCGAUGGUGUCUCAUUCCAAUAACAAAAUGUUCCAAACAAUCGGUGUCCAGUAUCAAGUCGUUCGUCGUGGCCGUGUGCUAAUGUCCCACCUCUUUAUCGUCUCUCCCUUUUGCUAGUUCAAAAGUAAACCUUAAGAACAUGACAAUAUCACCCAAAAACCAAGGCUAACAGUCGAUGGUAGGGGCUUAUCUCGGAUUUACGAAUAAUUGGUUCUCUCUGCGAUAGCGCGUGAUCGUUCGCCAAAUGCGUAGGCCCGCUCGAAUCGCGAAUAUAGCCACUUACCUGCACUUCAAUGUUUCGCUGUGUGUUCUGUUCUGUUUCCGCUUCCCGGCAUUGUGCCCGAAAUGCGUUCCAAUCGUUCGAUGCCGUAUAGGCUAGUUAGGCAUCGUGAAGCUAUAUCUAUCUAACCCACUAUUAUCCCGAAGAAACCGAACACCGGAACUCUACCCAUAGUGUACCCCAGCAGCGUAAAGCGUUAUUAUCUCAUAAUUCGAAGCUGUAAAGAAACAAAUGUCUCUACAUGGAAUGAAUAUUAAUAUAGUUAUGAUGAAUGCGGUUGAA